AUGACUGAUAUCCUAGAGCGCUUAACUGAUAGACAGGGUCCUGAACAGCUUAACCAACUUGGGAGACAAGAUAGAGGAGAGGAUAGGGAAGGCCUGGCCGCAGCCCAAAUCUCUACAUUUACUGAGGCUCUAGAGAAGGCACAGAGGGUUGAGAGUGCAAGACUACAAGUGAGGGAUUUUCAUACUAGGAAAAGGAACUUUUCUAGCCGUGCUUCUGGGCAGACUAGUAAGAGUACACAACCUCCUAAAAUGGGAAGAGGAGCAGGAGAAACAAGGACUGCUGGAGUUUCUAGAGGAGCUCUGUCCAGAGGGGGUCGUAGUGGGCCGACUCAAGCUAAGGGAGCACCUUCUACUGGUUCGACUGUGACACCUCAAAUUACAUGUGGAUAUUGCGGUAAAUCCAACCACUCUGAGAAUGAUUGUUGGAGGAAGUCGGGGAAAUGUUUAUUUUGUGGUAGUGCUGAACAUCAAGUCGCCAACUGUCCGAAAUCACCAAAAACAGGAGGUAACCCUCAGAGACCAGAAAAGUCAACCUCUAAGCAGACCAGUGCUGGAGGAAGUCGACUGAAAGUACCGGCUAGAGUUUAUGCACUGGAUUAUCAACAAAUUCCCGAAGUGACUGAAGUGGUUGAAGGUACAAUUCCAAUCUUUCAUCGUUUAGCUAGAGUUUUAAUUGAUCCGGGUGCAACACAUUCUUUUGUAAAUCCUAAUUUUAUGAGUGGGAUAGAUUUGAAACCAAUUAAGUUACCGUAUGAUCUGGAGGUUAAAACACCUAUUGGGGAUCAAAGUUUAAUUGCUAAUCUGGUGUAUAGAGACUGUGGAGUCUAUGUUGGGGAGCGAAAAUUAUUGGCCGACCUGAUAAGUUUAGUAAUUAAGGGAUAUGAUGUGAUUUUAGGAAUGGAUUGGCUAACCCGUUAUAAUGCCCUGUUAAACUGCCGAACAAAGAUUGUAGAAUUGUGCAUUCCAGGGGAGGCAACCCUGAAGUUGGAUGUAAGGGGUAAAUUGGCUUCAUCCACACUUAUCUCAGGAAUUCGAGCUAGAAAAUUAUUAAACAAAGGAUCUCAAGGGUAUUUGGCUUUUCUUAUUAACACCCCUAGUGAUAAGGUGAGUUUGGAAGACGUGCCUGUAGUGAAAGACUUUCCAGAUGUUUUUCCUGAAGAGUUAGAGUCUUUACCCCCAGAACGGGAAAUAACUUUUAAGAUUGAUGUAAUUCCGGGAGUGGCACCUAUCUCUAAGACACCAUAUCGGAUGUCACCGGCGGAAUUGAAGGAGUUGAAAUUGCAACUGCAGGACUUGUUGGAUAGGGGUUUCAUAAAGGAGAGUGAUUCUCCGUGA